UGUUUGCGGGGGGAAGAGCCGCGGCGCUUCUCCUUCUGGUGCAGGCCUUGAUGCGCCGCUGCGCCGGCCGGGAUGGAGUUCAGCUGUGCUGGAUGCACGCAGCCAGAAGCGGCAGCGUCGUGUUUUGAUAGUUCAUUUUUAUCAGAUGACCAACUCAGGGGAAUACAAGCAGAUCUAAGGUUUGCAGAGAGAGGGCGGGAAGGAGGAUGCGCCUUAUCGCAGGUGGGUGGGGGGGACAUCAGUGGCUCAUAUUCUGGAUGACGCGCUGAUGUGACAGGGGAGAAGUGAAAGCGGAGGGUCGGCUUAUAAAUACUCUGUGAUUGGCCGUCCACGGAGCAGUUGGUUCUCUGGCUCCUUGCGUCUUUCCGCUUCUGGGUCCUCCACGCAGCGCUGCUCCGGAGAGCCCGUUUUCUUCCACUCGGCGAUGACGCAAGCCCCCGACAACCUGGUAGGGGAGAUGACAGGGGGAAACAUGAAAGGAGACUUGGAAGCUUCUCUGCCUGCUGCACAGGACAAGUUUGCAAUCCGGUGCCGAGAUGUUUGUCGGUCAUAUGGAAAGCUAAAGGUCCUUACCAACCUGAACCUUACUGUACCACAGGGACAGAUUUAUGGCCUUUUGGGCCCCAGCGGAUGUGGGAAAACCACACUUUUAAAAUGUAUUGUGGGAACCCUGAAAAUAUCAAGAGGACACAUCACAGUGUUGGGGAAGCCACCUGCCUUUCCUGGACACGAGGUCCCAGGGAAGAUGGUUGGAUACAUGCCACAGGAACUGGCGCUGUACAACGAGUUCACCAUUAGCGACACCUUGACUUUCUUUGGACAAAUCCAUGGCCUGACAUCAAAGGAAACCCGCGCUCGCAUGGACUUCCUCAUCGACUUCCUGCAUCUACCUCAGAAACACAGCCUGGUCCGAAAUCUCAGCGGGGGCCAGAGGCGACGGGUGUCUCUUGGAGCUGCUUUGUUGCAGAACCCUGAGCUGCUCAUCUUGGAUGAACCAACAGUCGGAGUGGACCCCGUGCUCAGAGCUAAGAUCUGGCAACAUCUGGUGGAGAUUGUGAAGACAGGGAAAGUCUCUGUCAUCAUUACUACGCACUAUAUAGAGGAGGCCAGGCAAGCCAAUGUGGUUGGUCUGAUGAGAAACGGCCAUUUGCUGGCAGAAGGUCCUCCAGAUGCUCUCAUGAAGCAGCACAGUGCAACAACCCUGGAGCAUGCCUUCUUGCAGCUGUGUGAGUCGUCGGACCAGAACUCAACCCAGGAAUCCAGUUUAGAGAGUGAACCCCUGGAGAAAAGUCAACCGUUCGCAAAUGGCCGGGACGAGAGUCAGCCGAUUCUCGCAGUUGGGCUGCCGCCUGUUGACGACAUUCCUAAAUGUACAGCGGACUGGAAGGCGCGGGCCAGACACAUACUGCCAAAGGGGAGGAACAUUGGAGCCCUGAUCAUCAAGACAAUGGUGCGGAUGAAGAGAAUGCCAGGCUCCUUGUGCUUCCAGUUCCUGCUGCCCGUCAUCCAGAUCUCGCUCAUCUGUUUGUGUGUCGGCGGAGAUCCGAAGGGCAUCAAGGUUGCUGUGGUGAACAACGACACCGCCUCCCCAAUCUCCUCAUUUAGCCUGUCCCUGCUCUCCUUCCUGGAUAACUCCAGUGUGAUUCAGGUUUCUGUGCCCCACAACGAGGCCUUUGAAGGGGUCUAUAAUGGAGAGUACUGGGGUGUCAUCGGCUUUGGAGAGAACUUCACCAGUUACUUGACUAAACGGAUUCUGCAGCGGCAGGUUUCCAAGGAGGUGAUUGAUGGCGGAUCAGUGCACGUCUGGCUGGACCUGACCAAUCGACAGAUCGGCCUCAUGCUACAGAAGCAGCUGCACCAGGCUUUCCAGGCAUUUGUGGAUUAUAAAAUGGGUGGUUUGGCAUACCUGGCUGCUCUACCAAUAAAAUUUGAAGAGCCGAUCUAUGGAAGUCUGAACAUGGAUUUCACUACUUAUGUGACCCCAGGAGCUGUCCUCAGCAUCUCCUUCUAUUUGGCCGUGGGUCUGACGGCGCUCUCCUUUGUCCUGGAGAGGAAGGAGGGACUCCUGGACAGGUGCUGGGUCGCAGGUGUAAGCUCUAUGGAGACGAUGCUGGCUCACCUCUUCUCCCAGCUUUUUGUCAUCAGUGUUCAGAUCAUCCUCAUGCUGCUCUUCAUCCUGCUCGUCUUCAAGAUGCCGAACGAAGGCUCCCUGUUUCUAGUCAUAUGUCUGAUCGUGCUGCAGGGCGUCACAGGCAUCUCCUUCGGCCUUGUCAUCUCGGCGGGGAUUGACGACGAGCAGAGCGCCAAUCAAGCCGCCCUGGGCAUCUUCUACCCUAACCUCAUCCUGAGCGGUAUCAUCUGGCCUGUGGAGUGCAUCCCGUAUCCUCUUCGCUACCUAAGUCUGGUUCUUCCUCAGACCUACGCCUCAGAAGCCCUUCGCUGCAUCAUGUACAGAGGCUGGGGUAUAACUGAGAUGAUGGUGUGGAGAGGUUUCGCCUUCACCCUUGGCUGGAACACAUUCUUCCUGAUCCUGGCUACCGUCAUCCUGAAGCUGAGGACGUGACAGCCUCCGUCCCCUCGGAGGACGCCGUCCCGAGCAACGGCGGGGGAAGCUUUCAGGUGCAGAUCGGGAGUCGACAAUCUGCGGAGGAGGCAGAGCAGCAGAACUCAAGAAUAAACCUGGGAGGAGGAGGGGGGGGGGGGGGGGAUUGGCUGUGGUUUGAAGGACUAAUAGGUUGAUGUAUCAGUCUCCCUCCUCCUGACUAUCUCUCUGACAACACACUGACACACUCUUUCUGAUCCCGCGGCGGUUGGUUUGAUUUAUUCCAAGUCUACGUUCAAGAUGCUUCGCGUAGAAAACAAGUAGCAGCAGUUUGUUGGUUUCACGUCUAUCCGCAGCUUCUUGAAAACCUUCCUCGUGUGAACAGCCACAAACCAACUCAGGGGUCACCUUUUUUUGUUUGCCUUUAGACAUAAUGCUGAGAGAUUCUUCCUGUUUUACACUUUAUUUUAGAACAAAUGAAGGCUGUUCGUUUUUUUUUUGAUGGAAAAUAAUAUAAAUAUGUUGACUGUAACUGAUGGAUAUUUUUAAGGUUUUGCCAUCCGUACUACAUUAAAAGUUCGAUGGGCA